CGACAAACGUAAACGACACAGCUGUACACGUCCGCCGCCGCGUUCGUUUCAGGGGCGACGCGCCGUACGUCGUCGCCGAUGAGAUGGACCGUAUGCACGCGCCCAUCGUCGGCGCCGGCCUGGGUUGGGCGCCGACUCGACACUCCGAUAACUGCGGCAUUCACGCCGUCGCGAUCAACGCGAGUCGGACUCGGAUGGCCACCGGCGGGGCGAACCCGGCGGACGCGGCGGUGUUUUCGCUUCCGGACGUGAGACCGACCGCGCUUCUGACGGGCCACACGGACUGGGUGUUCGGCCUGGACUGGGUGACGGAUAACCUGCUGGCGUCGGGCAGCAGGGACGGGACGGUGAAGCUGUGGACGGUGCCAGACGAGCCGGUAGGGUACGGGCGCGGUUCAUCAGGGUACGGACGCGACAACGACGCCGCCGCCGCGCCGUCUUACGCGCAAAUCUCGUCCGACCCGAACGACACGCUCGUGUUCCACUACGACAAGGUGAGGGACCUGAAGUGGUGUGAACGAAUCGAGCGGCUGGUGAGCGUGAGCACCGACGGGCGGGUGUGUUUCUCCGACGUGGAACGCGUCGCAGCCGUCGAGGAGAAACGAAUCAGGGGUAAGCGCGAGUUGGUGUGCGUCGCCACGGACGGCGCCACGUGCGCCGCGGGGUCCCAGUCGCACAUUACCGUCUUCGAUCACAGGCUGGGCGGGGUCGUGCGCGACGAGCGGUUGGUGGACAACAGCAGCGACGGCGUGCGCUCGCUAUCCUUCGCCGGGGACGGCCGCUUGCUCACCUGCGGCGGCGGCGGCGGCAAGCUCACUUUUUUCGACAUGCGAGCGGGCGCGUUUCUCCCGGCGACGGGUUCGGACCCCGGCGGAAUCGAUCCCGCGACCGUCGGGUUCGUCUCGAGCCUCGCCUCGCCGUCCUUCACGCCUUCGCCCUCGGCGUCGCCGCCGCGGUACUCGUCCAGCGGCUCGGACGCGGGCUCGACGGGAAGUAUCGCGAACCGGUCCCGACGCGACUGCCUUGUGCUGGACACGGGCGAGGGCUGGCUGGACCGGGAGCAUCACGUCUUCGUGGAGCACUUCUCGCGCGCCGAGGUGCUCAACGCGUGUUACGCGCACGCGUGGGACAAGACAGGGACGCGGCUGCUCGUGGCGGGCGGGCCGCUGGCGUACGGUUUGCGGGGGUGCUACGUCGGGGUGUGGUCGUGAGUGGUGCGGGUUUUGGCUCCUCGACGGGCCGAGGCGGCGGCUAAAAGUUUUAGCCGAAGGCGAGUCGCGAUGUGGUGGACACUUCGGAAGGUGCUGAUGGAUUGUAAUUGUGUUGUACAACGCG